AUGAUUGAUCAGGCGACAUUAAACGACAUGUAUCUUCGAUCCAAAGCGAACACUCCAGAGAUUUACAUUACAACAACACUUAAACGCCUUCGUUUAUACGAUAACAAGGUCGGAAUCACUGAAGAAAAUAAAGAAAGCAUUAUUAAACCAGAAAUGAGGAUGUCAGUCCUCGAGAAAAUCAUUCAUGCUUCACAAGAGCUUCAAGUUUCAGAGGAUACAAUAUUCCACGCUGUGAGGCUUUUCGAUUAUUUGAAUCAACUCUCGAUUCUAACAACAGAAAAUUACGUAUUAUAUGGUGCAACAUCGCUAAUGCUAACAAUCAAAAUGAAUGAAGCUAAAAUGGCCUCAUUAUGUGAAAGGCUCGCCGAAUAUUUCCAAAUCUCUGAUGUACAACAGCUUAUAUCAACAGAGUUUAUAGUAAUGGAUAAACUUGAGUUUGAUGCAUUUAUCGCAACGCCAUUAUCGUUUAUACAUUGCAUAUCUCCAAUUUUAUACCAUGAGAUCGAAAACGAAGCAACAGCAAAGCAAGUUCUCGAAAUUUCUUGCAUGCUUUGCCAGAGCACUAUUAUUUCUGAUAAAUUCAGUUGCUUUUCUGCGGAAGAUAUCGCAAAGGCUUCAAUUUCACUUGCCUGCCAACAAUUGAAAUUAAAGCAAGAAGAUCUCCUUACAAAAGCGUUCGGAUCAGCAGCAAAUGAAAAAUGUGUUGCUUUUGUAUCUGAAUCAUCAUUAUUACCUGGUAAUAAGGAUCUCCAUAAGAAGAUAUAUGGAGAAGAAUGA